AUGGAUUUUUUGCCAGAAAUAGUCAUUUUAAAAGUUUUUUCUUUUCUUCCUGUUGGGGAUCUGGGGAAAGCUGCUAGAGUCUGCAGUUAUUGGCGCCGGCUAGCGUACGAUCAUUCUCUUUGGAAGGCUGUUAACUUGAAACGACAAGCUGCAAAACUCGACGAAGAUACCUUGCACAUGCUUAUAAGGACAAGAUUUUCUCAUUCUCUCUCUAUUCUUCACUUGGGUGGCUGUAAAAUUUCGCUUGAGCUUCUCAGCGAGCUGAACAGGAAAUGUAAAAGUUUGAAAUAUUUAAUAUUCAGUCGAGGAUCAAAAUUACGACCGCCAAGUCCACCUCCGAAAUACACCGAAGUCACCUACGAAUUUCCUUCUCAACUGGAAUUGGUGGAGUUGAGGCCGAUUAAAGGAGACUUUGCCUUCUUAGGGCGAAUAAUAAGGCACUUUUGUGAGGUGAAAUACCUAGGCAUUGGAAACAAUUCCUCGAAGGGCGCGGUCCCGUCUUUGUUCACCAAAAUGCAAAGAUUGGUUAUACUUGACUGUACGAACUGCGACACAAUUACAGACGAAGUUAUCGGUAAAGUGGCCGAGUGCUGCCCUUUACUGGAAUCAUUUUGUUUAAACGGAUGCAAAUAUGUCUAUGGGCGAACAUUUUGCACGCUUUUCCGAUCGUGUUCUCGAUUGACUACGCUGCUUCUUCGUUACACGCCGGUGCGUGACGAUUGUUUCGUGAUCAGCGACUGGAAGUUCGUCCCUGUGGAGGAAUUAGAUAUUUCAGCGUGCUCUAACAUAACACAGAUAGGCCUCAUUAGCCUGGUUACAAACGUGAAGACUUUGAGGUAUCUCAACUUAUCGUACUGUGGCGUCGGCCGAGCGGUAACAGACGCAGUUUUGUUACAGAUUGCGCGACAAGAAACAGGAACAAACUUAGAAAUGUUAGAUGUAAGAUGGAGUCUUACAUUGACGCCUGAGGCUUUAUACAUUUUAUCCCGAGCCUGCCCUAAACUGAAAUGCUUAGGGGUGUAUCAAUCUUCAAGCAUCAAUCCAUCGGCCAUGGCAGAAGUUUUAAGGAUGCUUCCUAGACUAGAGGUUCUGGAAUACGGCGCUUUCGGCAAAGCUAGUAUUUCCGAGAGCAUGUUCUUUCCAAACCUUAUAAGAUAUUGUGAAUUCCUCGAGGCUGUGUCGCUUAUAAACUUUGCCUCGAUGGAUUCCGUCGCGGACGCUGUGCUAAUGAACGCACUGGUCGACAACUGUCGUUGUUUGAAACGUAUAAACCUUUGUGAGCCGGAUCCUACUUUACUGGAUCUGGUACAAGAAUUACCCCCCUCUUCUAAAGCCAAGGUGACUCAAAGAUGGCAAUGCGUUCUGCCUCCGCCCAACCACACCCUAGAUGCGAUUAUUGCCAAAUUGAAAUACAGCCCACCUCAUCCGCCCUCCAUUUAG